AGGUCAGGGGUCCGUAGGCGAGAGUGCAGUCUCUACAGCCUCUACGUAUAUAUCUACCUCUGUCUUCGCUCUCUACUAUUUCCAACUCAGUCACUCCUUGAUAUCUUGAGCUAUCAGCCUCCUAGCUUACUUAAAGUAAUUCCACUAAAACACCUAAAGCCGCCAUAAUGCAGUUCACCAACUUCGCUCUUGCCGCUUUCGCAGCCGGCUCUGCUUUCGCCGCCCCGGCCGCCAAGGAAGUUCGUGCCCUCGACAUCCUGAACGUCGCCCUCGGCACCGUCAGCACUGUCCAGACCAACGUCCAGAACGAGUUGGCCAACGUUGAGGCCUUGAUUGGUGUCAACGUCAGCACUUCCGCUCUCGUCCCCCAGCUUGAGAGCUCUCUCCUCAACAUCGCUGGUGAGGUCCAGAAGAUUGUCGGCGAUGUCACCCCUCUCGUCCAGAACACCGUCCCCAAGCUGGUUGGGGAUGAGCUCCAGAACGUCCCCACUCUCCUGAACGGCGUUCUCUCCAUCGCCAACGGUGUCCAGUCCACUGCCCAGAAGCUUGUCAACGGUGUUGGUUCUGAUGCCCUUAAGGCCGUCAAGCCUGAGCUUCAACUCGUCCUCUCCACCGUCGAGCCCAUUGCUAAGCCCGUCGUCAACUUCGCCCUCAGCGCCGUCAGCGGUGUUGUUGGUGACGUCGCUAACGAAGUCAACGGCCUUGUCGGUAACUUGAACAGCGUCGUUGGUGGACUCCUUGCCCCCGUUGAUGGUCUUCUCAGCGGCAUCCUAUAAAUGUGAUUCACCUUCGAAAGUAGCUGUAGGGUAGUGGAUGCCUGCAUUGGGGGAGUUUGACUUUAAGAAAGCGUUUUAUGGACAGGAUACUGCAUGCUCAUGAUUAGAUGCUUGGAUACCUUAUAGCAUUUGUAAAUAUAACGCGCGCAAGCCGACUUUAUUAAUCUACUUCGGUUGUCCGUCCUCCCAGUGCCAUGAACGUUUUUAAGCAUAAUGUUUCCGUGUAUAGGUAAUGCAUGUGGCUUGCAGAUCGUUGGAUUUCUUACAUGCGCCUAGCAGUACGAAUAUCUCAAUGAGCUAGACAGGCCAAAUCGUAGUAAGAACUUUAUUUCGAGUCUAAUGUCUUUGGAGGUUAAUCCGAUCAAUUGAUAUUUUGAAGUUUUAUUUCCUUGAUUUGUUGUUGUG